AUGGCCCACGAUGCUGUGGCAUCCGAGGAGGAGGCAUGGCGUCGCUUCGACGAAGCCAUAGAAGCACUGCGGUGUGCGAGGCAUGCUGACCAGGCCAAAGCGCCUGACGACGAGCUGCUGGCCAAUCUGGAGUCCUUGUCGGCACCCUUCAGGGGCAGCAGCCGAGUGGUCAUCGUGAGCUCUGGUGGCAAAUCAAUUUUCGAGUUUGACUUCCACGUGCAGCAGAGCACUACCGAGCUGUAUCGCCACGUGGCAGCGGAAAGUGGCAUGCCGUUUGACAAGCUUGGACUUGUGAUGCUGAACGACAGUGUGACUCUGGCCAAAGAUGAUUGCCAGGUGCUUUCGCACGGAUUUCGUUCUGGCUUCUCCGUCCUCCUUGGGAUGAUGAUCUCAGGUGUUCUACGCCCCGACCAUUUUUGGGACUUCCGCAGUGCCUCCGACGAGGUCUGCGAUGCUUAUGGUGGGCCCGUUGCUCACCUUCGAGGCGGCGCGAGCUGCAACCAGUCUGGCAUCUCCCUCGAUGGCCGAGAGGCUUACGUUGAAAUCGAUCCCUGGGAAUGGGCCGGGCCAGUCACGUUUGAGGUGCGGGUGCGCUACAACACGUAUGCGCAUCAAGCAGCUGUCCUUGCGCUUGGCACACUACUGGAGGAUGGGCGAACCAAUGAUUUGUUUUCCAUUAUGAGCUACACAAUGUUUGUGGUUCGAGAAAGCCCUUUGCAGCUUUCCAGAGUAUUGGCAGACCAGCCCAUCUCGCUGGGUGAGUGGUUCCAUAUAGUCGCCACCUCUGAACCUGGUUCUACGAGACUGUACAUCAACGGGGCGCUGGCCGGAAGCGUCCCUGAAGGAGUCAGAGCACAGAAAUUGCUGCGCAAUGCAUUCCUUGGCCGCUCCGUGAUGCCGGAGAACUUUAUGGAUGGAAUUAUUUCACAUGUGCGCAUUUGGCAUGGGACCGCUUUGCCGCUCGGCAUGGUGGAAUUGCUGUACCAGGAAUCGCUGCUGCAAUGCUGA